AAACAUGCGCUGUUGCCACAUCCUCCCCAUCUGACUGUUCAUUGUUUUUCUUUACGUCAAUUCGCUUCGAACUGUCAUUGUAAUCAAACAUAUGUAAAACUCCUCUAAUCCGUUUUUCUAAGUUUUGUUAAUGUUUUCCGAUUAUUACAAAUGUAAACCAGAUAUGAACAGUGACAAUUUCGCCUGUUUCGGAGAUUGCCCAAAGCCAAAAAAAUCAAAGACUUCAGAGGAGGAACGAGUCGCGUUUUGGGCUCAUCUUCCCUCGAUCGUAAUCCACGACAUUUUCGACUUGUUGAGCAAAAAUGACCGCCAGAAUGCGUCCCGUGUGUGCAAAAAUUGGCGACAGAACAUCUUUCAUCCAAAGUGGUGGCCGGAGGUCACUUUCAAAAUCGAACCGUGCAAUAUCGAAAGGUCGAAAUUUUUCACGUCGGUCUUCGGUCGGAUCGUCUCCAGUGCGAAAAUUCAAGUGAACACUCUGGCGCCGGAAUGCACUGACGAGUUCGUCGCUCUCAUCGAAACUCUAAGCGAAAAUAACAAUUUAAAAGAACUGAUUAUCGAACCCACGCAUUGCCAUUUCGAUAUCGCGAGAUACAGCACCAAAUCCAGUUCGAAUAUGCAUAAUGUGAUAGCCAAGUUAAAACGAUGUCUCCCUAACUUGACCAAAUUCAGUAUCGGCUGCAUCGAAGACUUUGCCCUUUACCUCGACGAGUACUUAACGAUUUUAGGGAGCCAGCAGCCGGAAAAAGUUACACUUCUGGGGUUAGCGUCAGUCAAGGAUAACCCGAACGAGUACGAAGAUUCGUAUUUUGAAUGUGAUUUAAUUAAACCUUUUACGAAUUUAAAGGUGUUGAGCAUAGACUUCGACCAACUUUCGGACACCUUCCUCAGCUGCUUGGACGCCUCCACGCACCUGGAGCGCCUCGUGGUGCACUUGCACGGUGUCCGGGAGGGCCACCCUAGCACCACGAACGCCGCUUGGACCAUCUUCAAAGCCAAACACCCCAAGUGCGAGCUCCGCGUCAACGUCAUCCACUCGUACGACGAAGUCCAACACCUGCACGAAACCAUCCUCAGAGACGAAAUGCCCCUAACCCACCUCCGGGUGUUCUUUUGCGAACAUGUCAACCUCGAAACGUUGGAGUUCAUCUCAGCCUUCUACAACCACACGUUGCGGAGCCUCGUUUGGGUCGAUUCCAUGGGCAACAACGAAGAAACUUGGUCGUUCUUGGCGUCUCAGCGGGAUCUGAGCCCCGAUCCACUGGUCAUGAUGUCAUGGCUGUGCUCCAAUUUGAGCGAAUUAGUCUUCUACGGUUACAAAUAUCGCGAAGAGAAUUUGGUCGCCAUCGCCAGACUUCGUGGCGAGAAAUUGAAGAAGUUGGAAGUCGCUGAAGACGAUGUGCUGUUUUCGAACAGCAAUUAUUUGGGGCAAGAAAAUUUAAUUGAUAUUCAGCUACACUUGAAGCAGCCGUGGGCCCCCACAAAGACUGCGGAUCUCCACCCCGUCAUCCGUAAUCCGACGGCGGGAGAUUCAGACGAGUACUUGUUGCCGAUAGUUCUAGCUGACCUGCACUAGUUAAGUACAACAAUUAAGCGAAAAAAAAAAAAACAAAAAACUGUAAAUAAACCAUCUACGUACGACCCAACUGAGAAGAAUCUGUUUAGUAUUAUUUUCGAAUGUUAUAGUUCAACAACUGCAUGUAAAUAGAAAAAGGACCAUCGUGCGACCUCGAGUUGCGCAGUUUAAAUCUACUUAAAGUAAUCAAAAAAAGAGAGAGAAUUGUUGAUUUAUUUUUUUAGAAUAAUCAUCGGUUUCGUUGAGUGACUUAAGUUGUUGUGCUGUAAAUGUAUUGUUUUAAGUCUACUUAAAAUGCACUGAUUUUACGUUUUCGAUUAUAAAUGUUUUCCGUCGUGUUGGAUGAAUAUUAUCACGGUCCAAGCUCGACUAAGAAUGACAAGUUGUUAUUGUGUUCGAUCUAAUUAAUUUUUGUUGUAUAAAGUAGCGAUAAGAAGAAAAACAUCUGUGAUAUAAGUAACUCUUAUACUUUCGAACAAACAACGAUUGUUAACACACAAAAUGCAGCUAAUAAUAUUGAAGCUUUCUACCGAGUACCUGUACAAGAAAAAUACUGUCGUUUCAAUCUCAACUCGCUUAACGGCAAAAGAACUGACAAAACCAAGUUAACAAUCGAAUAAGAGUGUGAAUGUCAUUGCAGUGUUCCACCAUGCGAUAGUGCAUUUUAUUUUUUAAUAUGUUGUGCUUGUGAUAGGUUCGAUUUUAACAAAAAGUAUUAUUGUGUUGGUAUGUAAUUCUUUGUUGCCGCCUGCGUAAGCAACAAACACCAACAUGUUUAUUUUUAUGAGAUUUGUGUGUUAAAAGACACGUCACAUCGAGAUCGCUGUUAUCGGAAAGGUGCUGUUCCUAUAUUUACACCACGACCAAUAAAAAUGAAAGAAAUCCGUUUAGACGCCAUUCCAAUACCUUAUUCCGUAGGAUAAUUAGUAGAGAAAUGAUAUAUCGCGUGUUUCUGUCCGGGGCCGUCUACAUCUGUGAUAGCGAAAAUUUUCAAGAGUUCAACCAAAACAAAUGCAUUUGCUCGGGAAGGACAAACGGCCGCUGAUGUGUGUGUGUAUAAGCAAAGAUCAAGUACCUGAAUAUCAAAGUGAUUAUAGCGAAAUUAGCCUGCUAUUGUAACUCUUAACCCUAGUCCAAAGCGUUGAAUAUUGAAUAAAAUCUUUAUAAUGUAAUAUAGAGUGUGAAUGGGUGACUCCCGAACGCUUCCACCGGGAUAGAUUGUUUGAAGUUAAGUUGCCAUCUUAUCAUGAAACUAUCUGUGAUGUACAAGCGGACACAUUGUUAACAGCGUACAUAUGUUAAACAGCGCUCAAAUGUUACAAUGUAGGUCUCACCAGCUAGAUUUAAGUGUUGUCAGAAAUUCAAUCGAACGACGCAAUGAAAUCGAUAUUUUAUCAAAAAUACGAAAACGUGUAGACAAUAAAUGGCUAGUAGGACAACACUGCACGAUCGAGAUGUCCCUCGAUUGAAGGCAAGGGACGACAAAUUAGUCAUUUUUAAUUUUCGGUUUGACUAAAAUUUUGGAAAAUAUCUUGCGUAUAUUUUUGUAUCCUUUGAAAGUUUAUUUCCUUUAUUUUUGGCACUGCGAUGUACACUGCAGUUGUCUCUAUCUUAAUAAUUGUAGCACCAUUUGUUUAUUUUUUAUUCACGCACUUUUAAUGUUAAAUAUGGCGAAGCGGUGAUAUCGUUACUGGCGGUAUCAUCGGACCCGAAUAUUUUCAUUGUUAUUGAGAAAAUUUCUUUUUAGAUUAGUUAGAAUAUAGAGAAUUAUAAAAUGUAGCGUUGAUUUUAUGAUAUGAAAUUUUUGAAAUUUAUCAAUGUACUCCUUCAGUGUUAUGAAAUGUUCUCAAAUUUAAUCUCUAAUCAGUAUGUUAUAUCAAAAAAUUAUAUUACGUUUUCAAUGUAACCUGUAACUCAAAUUGGUUAAUAAAUAUUUGGUAUCUCA